AUGGCCUUGUUGCAAUUAAAAGUGACAAGACAAGAGGGCUUGAUGUGUACAUCACUGUCAUCACUAGGUCUUAAAGGGGACAUAGUGGACGUCAAGUUUGUUACAUAUCAAAGAGAUGAAAUACCUGAAAGUGCCGCGGAAGGACAAGUGACAUUGCUGAGUAUCAUUAAGCGUUUCUACGUGUCAGCUGUGAGUGCCAGUUUGUCCGCACAAAUCUGUGCGCUAAUGAGUGGAACUCUCUUCAAGCCUUAUAUAUAUGCGCUUGUUUGGUUUGUGGCGUAUUUAUCUGUUCGGAAUUUUAUACUUGCCAUAAGAUUGGCUUCAUCUGUGUUUGUUUGUCGUUGUGUACAUGAAGGGGAGAAUGUAAAACGUAAAUGGGAGUGUUUGUCUGUCAAUUUAGCAAGUUCACUAGCAAGGAAUCGCGAGGCACGUCGUAAGCAACGGGAAAAUCCUAAAUUCCGAGAAGCAGAACGUGCUCGAGCACGUGCUUAUUACAUGUCUCUUUCUUCUAAAGCACCUAAUGAAGGUAUUAUAUGUGGUUCAUGCGGCUUAAUCUUAAAACAUGUGGAAGCUCUUCGAGCACACCGUGCUGAGUUCCAUCCCAGACAAUUCGGAGAGUUAUGUGAAUAUAUUCUUGGUGCGGAGAAAACCGUUGAGAAACUUGCAGUGUAUGGAGCUGCUUCCUCGAAUUCCAUAGAAGAGCAAAAACUAUCUGUACCUUCAGAUUUAAUUUCUAUGUUGAAGCAUUUCAUAUUGCGUCGCAUACCGCCCGCGUCUAGUGAUUUAACAGGAGCUUCGGAAAAAUCAAAUUAA